AAAAAUAAGGAUAAGAAAAGAGGAAAGGGUGACUAUGGAGACAACUGUGGGCUACGAGUACUACGAGGACUAUGAGGAGUCAGACAACUCCUCAAUGUGUGACUACUCAGAGUGGACGCCAUCAUACUCUGUCAUCCCAGUACUGUACAUGCUCAUUUUCAUCCUCGGCCUCUCUGGCAAUGGAGUGGUCAUCUUCACCGUGUGGAGAGCCCAAGGCAAACGGCGAGCUGCUGACGUCUACAUCGGAAAUCUGGCCCUGGCCGACCUCACCUUUGUAGUCACGCUACCUCUCUGGGCUGUUUACACAGCCAUGGGUUACCACUGGCCCUUCGGAGUGGCUCUGUGCAAGAUAAGCAGCUACGUGGUGCUGCUCAACAUGUACGCCAGUGUCUUCUGCCUCACCUGCAUGAGCUUUGAUCGCUACCUAGCCAUCGUCCACUCCUUAUCCAGCAACCAGCUGCGCAGCCGGGGUCAGAUGCAAGGCUCCCUGAUAGCCAUCUGGCUGUUGUCUGUUAUACUGGCCGCUCCGACUCUCGUCUUCCGCACCACCAAGUACGAUGCAGAAACCAACCGCACAUCCUGUGCCAUGGACUUCAGUUUGGUGGUGACACAGAAACAGCAGGAGAACCUGUGGAUUGCCGGCCUCAGCAUCUCAUCCUCCGCUCUGGGCUUUCUUCUACCUUUCAUGGCAAUGAUGGUGUGCUACGGCUUCAUCGGCUGCACCGUCAACCGCCACUUCAACACCCUGCGCAAAGAAGACCAGCGCAAGAGACGCCUGCUGAAGAUCAUCACCACACUGGUUGUGGUGUUUGCUGCAUGCUGGAUGCCCUUCCACAUCCUGAAGAGCGCUGACGCACUCACCUACCUGGACUUGUUUCCCGACACUUGUGAUUUCCUGCGCUUCCUCCUGCUGGCUCACCCCUACGCCACCUGCCUCGCUUAUGUCAACAGCUGCCUCAACCCCUUCCUUUACGCCUUCUUCGACCUGCGCUUUAGAUCCCAGUGCUUGUGCCUACUCAACCUGAAGAAGUUCCUGCAUGCGAGCCCGGCUAGCUCCCUGUCCUCGCAGAAGACAGAGAUUCAGUCUCUAGCCACAAAGGUGUGACUAUGGAUUAACACCCAGAGGCACGCUGGGGUCAAAAUGAACACUGCAGAACAAUGUAGGUGAAUCAAAAGUUUCCAGUACUGAGUGCUUGUUUAUGGUCCAGCAGCAGCCAGUUUCGGGGUGUAACCUUUGCUUGCUCUCGCUCUGGACUAUUGACUGAAGGCUUGUGGUUUUGGUGUCAGACCACACCGAAACCCUAGACUCUUUUUUUUCUUUUUCUUUUUUUCAGCAGCACUGAAACUGAGCUACAUAAGAGAGACUCAUUUAAAAAUAAGGGGAAUGUACUUUUAUUAAAACUGAUAUACUCAUCAGUUCGUCUUCUCCUGUGGACUUUCUGCAAAAGUACUGAGCUAUGAAGUCUCAAAUCAUGUUCUCAAGUCAUGGGAAACUAUAUUAGGUUGAUUAUGACCAUGCAAUUUCCCCCUCCCUUUCCUGUUUUUUAUUAAUAAACUCUUGAGGUGGAGGUGUGACAUAUUAGAAA